AAAACGGUUGUGAAAUGAUUAUACCCAGAAUGCAUCAUUCAAAAUGGCAGCCUCCAUGAUUCGGUGCAGAUUUUGUAACUUGUCUAAUUCUUGGGCAAAAACACAACUAAGGAACAGUUCUGGCCAGUAUUAUGUAUUGCUGCCGGAGGUUCCUCCCGACACCCCAGAGACGAACUCUGUGAUGAGGACAAACGAUCUGCCAGUAUUCAGUGAAAUAACCCCAGAAAAGUGCAUAUCAGGAGGUGCCAAGUUAGCUAUCCAAUAUGAGACUCAGUUGGGAGAACUGGUAGAGAAAUUGAAAGAUCCAAAUUACAAAAAGACGUUUGAAAGUGUCCUAGACCCAAUAGAGGGCAUCUCAGUCCCUAUGAGCUGUGCCUGGAGAACAACAAAAAAUCUUAACUACGUUAAAGGAACAAAAGAUUAUAGGCAUGCAUUUUCACGAAUUCACCCUCAAAUAGAGAGAGCAAAGAACGAACGCUGGUUAAGUGAACCACUCUAUAAUGCAGUAAAAGAGCUAGGUGCAGACAGGUCAAACCUGAAUAACUUCCAAGAACGACUGGUAGACAUGUAUCUACUUGAGGCAAGACUUAACGGAAUUGAACUACAAGGAACCAAUAGGAAACGUUUUGUAGAAACUCUCAAGAAAUUAUCGAAUGAAAGACAUAAUUUUAGGAAUAAAACUCAUAUCUGCACAAAUCUAUUCUCACAGCUGAUUGGUUCGCCUCAGAUGAUGAAAGAUUUCCCGAAGGAUGCCUUACGUGCAAUGGCUGCAAACAAAUCCCGUCCAGAUGUGGGACCCUGGAAGGUGACCCUGCAACCUGACAUCUAUCAGACUUUCCUGACACACUGCCCCGACAGGAUGAUGCGCUGGAAUGUAUGGCAAGCUUACAACACAAGGGCAACUGAUGCUAGAACUGAUCAAAACUUAUCCAACCAUAAAAUUAUUACAGAUAUCAGAAUGUACAGGAGGGAUAUUGCUAUGUUGCUCGGCUACGAGAACUUUGCACAAAUGUCCAUGGAAACCAAGAUGGCUGGAAGCAUCGAGAAUGUCAUGAACAUGCUUGACAGUUGCAAAAGUGUAUUCAAGCCAUUCGCUGUGGAUGAGAUAGCUACCCUGCAAGAUUUUGCCCUAUCACGGGGUGGGGACUACAACUUACAAGCCUGGGAUAUUCCAUACUGGAGAGAACAACAAGCUAAAGAAUUAUUCCAUUUAGAUUCCAAUGAGGUAGCGCAGUAUUUCCCACUUCCCAGUGUACUUGAAGGCUUAUUUGAAAUCUGCUCUGAACUUUUCCAGAUAUCAUUUAAGGAUGUGACUGCUGAUACAGAUGUUUGGCAUCCAGAUGUUCAGGUGUUCCAAGUGUCAGACUCUAACACAGGUGAUUACAUUUCCACAUUCUACUUGGAUGCGUAUGCAAGGCCAGGGGAGAAGUUGGCAGGCAGCUGGAUGGAAACAGGAAGAGAGAGGAGUGACAGUUAUGGUACCACCCCUUUCUCAUAUCUAAAUAUGAGCCUGCCACGCCCACUUCCUAGCAGAGAUGCCCUAUUAACAAUGCAACAGCUUUCUAGUCUCUUUCAUGAGUUUGGCCAUGGCUUGCAGCAAAUGUUAACAGAGGUGCCAUACAGUGAGCUAAGUGGUCAAAGGAACAUUGAGUGGGAUGUCUUACAGGUCUGCUCAACCCUAAUGACUAGGUUACUGUACCAGCCAAGUACAUUAAAGAGAAUAUGUAAACAUCACGAGACAGGGAAGUCAAUGCCUGAUACAAUGAUACAACAAAUUAUAGAAUCCUCAAAACAUAUGUCGAGCUAUGACAUGGUACGUCAACUUUACUUUGCUGCCUACGAUAUGGAAGUUUAUGUUAGCAAGGACUACUGGGCAGAUAUAAUGAGGCGACUAUGGCCAGAAUUCAUCCCUGUUCCUCUGAAUGAAGAAGAUUUCCACCCUUGUUCUAUGACGCAGAUAUUCUCAGACCAAUAUCCCGCAGCCUACUACUCUUACAAAUGGGCAGAGAUGAUAUCGGCAGAUGUGUUCAGCCAAUUUGAAGCUGCUGGUUUUGAAAACAAGAAAGAAGUGGCCGAAGUUGGCAAAAGAUUCCGCGAUACUUUUCUGGCAUUAGGGGGCGGAGUUCCAGCGAGUCAAGUAUUCCGUAAAUUUUGUGGCCGUGACCCUGCAUUGGACUCAUUACUAAAUCAAUACGGACUUAACAAUAAUGGAGGUCACUGAUAGUGGGUCACCCUAUGUGAAUAAUCAAUUCAUGCAAAUGUCCCGAAUGAUGCCUGUAAGAGGAUAAACCAGAAGUGCAUUUCCGUAAACAAUCUUCAUUUGGACUCUGUUACACAAACAUGGGCCAAUGUGGUCAUAAUAUCCCCACAUUUUUGAAAAUUGUUUGAGGUUUGAAUGACUAGAGGUAGACUAAGGAGUGUCUAAUACUCCGGUACUGAACACAGCUUAAUUUCACUAUUUUGGUCGAAUGAAAUGUACCCACGCUAAUAUUAUCAUUUUGUAAUGCACAGGCUUCAUUUCACCAUUUGAACUCCUUUUGUGUAUAAAACUCAUGCAAGACGGUUUAAUGACAUUUUUUGUCACCGCUUAAAAGUGGAAAAUAUGUAAUGUAAGUGAAUCUUAGCCUUGGUCUUAUUUCCUAGAAAAGUACACUUUUCUUGGCCUAUUAAUUACAUUUUUCCUUGUAAUGAGAUAUUACCCACAAUCCAUUAGGUGAUUUUCUGAUCUUGGUAGCACUACUCACCAAGGACCUUUCUUGCUUACCAUACUUCUAAUUAAUUUAGUGGCUGUUUUUAUUUGGCGCAUUCGCCAAAUUGUUUAAGUCCACCAAAUUAAGUAACUGCCAAAUUCAAUAUU